GCCUUGCAUGGCUGCCCUAUCUACCUAUCUCGUUACCUUCUUGUUUGCCACUAUCUCGUGGGUAUCAGCGGUUUAUGAGGGACCUCGCGGUAUGUAUUGUGCUAGGGAAGAUGCUUCGUACAAGCUCAUUAUGGCGUUCAGACCGACUGAUUACGAGUGGAAGUACAGGGUGGCCAUCGGUAAUUUCAAAUUAUAUGGGCAGACGAAGAACAAUACCAUCGCAGCUAUCGGAGAUAACCAAAUGAAGUUUUUAGCGUUUCCACUUGAACGACGAGGUCGGCUGAGCUUGAGACUACCGAAUACCUAUCAAGUGGAAGCCUUCGCUACUUCCAUUGGUUUGGACGUCGAACACUUGAUCAAUAUGUUGUACUUACCCCGUGAUAGUGGCAAAUCGGAGAUUCACAUGAACACUGCGUCCAUUGAACUGAUACACUUAACCUAUGGCGCUUGUCUUCAGCCUGUGAAUCAUCUCUUUUGUCGAUCUGUUCCCGGCGAGGGCUUAAGUGUGGCCCUUCGCUCUAACGCUACACAAAUGGUUGUCUACAAUGAUGGCAUCCCCGUGAAGGAAUUCCAAUCGGUAGCGGACACAGUGAACUAUCCCUUCAAUAUCUCGGUAUUGAAAAGAGAGGAGAAGGAGUUGGAUGUCUUACUCUCUCUUAUGGACAAUCGCACACAAGUUGGUCAAGAGGAUUGGUGGAUGACAGGAAAGGCCAUGACCUUGGAUCUAUUCCGUGAUACUUUGACCAUACACCAUGGUUCAUGGAUAUAUGGCUUCGACUCAUUAUAUCCUACCCCUUCGGAUAUUGUCCUCAAGGCAUGCCAAUCCUAAUCUUACCGGCCUUGCUCGUGCUACUUCGUCGUGUACGAGCGUGAUUAUUCAAGAUACAGCGUUUUGACCCUGGUUCCCAAGGGGGUCUCUGUGUUGAGACUGCUGUUCUCUUGACAUACAGUCCAUCGGGCUAUGUUUUCGCAUUCCCCAUUGUUCAUGGCAAACUUUUGACUUGUCCAUUCUCGGUCAAACUCUUUGAUUCAUAUAACAAGAAUAUUAUCAUCACCAUUUUCAAU